AUCGUUUGCGACGUACACAUCAUCAGCAGCACAGCGCGCAUUUGUUGGACACAGACGGAGCGAUAGAGAAGCUGCUGCUCUGUUCAGAAAAUGGCCGACAGAUUUUCUAGGUUCAACGAAGAACGUGAUUUCAAGGGUGGGAAUCACUUUGACCAGUAUGAAGAGGGCCAGUUGGAGCUGGAACAGGCGUCCCUGGACAAGCCCAUCGAAUCGCGAAUUGGCCCCUAUUAGCUAAGCAGCAAUGACCCGGUUUGUAUUUGCACGCUCUGCUUUCUUACUCCUAUCUUUAGGGUCCUUGUAACGCUUCUCUGACUGUCUUUUUCUCUCUCUCUGUUUCACUACUGUCACAAUCUACAUCUAUUUUCUCUCUACCUCUAUUUCUCUCUUGCUCCCUCCCUAUUACACAGUGAUUCGGUGUACAGUACCCUCUGUCAUUCUGUGCUGGCAUGGUGCUUGUGCAACUGGGACUGCAUUUUUCGCUGAAGAGGCACAAAGAUAAUAGUGCAGGCAGCACUCUUGUUUCUGUCUUUCCCACUCUCUCCAUCCCCCUGUCUCUAAAGCACUGUGGUGAGCAGGCCCAAACUCCUCUUACCUACAGUGUCGGGUCACCUCUCAACAUUAUGGAUGUGCUUUAUAAGCCAUUCGGAUAGGAUAAGCAACCAGGUAUAGAUCAAAAGAAUAGUGUAGUUGUUUUUACAACCUAAAAUGAAUGCAUUGAACAUUGAUGUAUUAUGCAUGCACAUUUUUCAGUUUCCUUAAUCAGUUGUCAGCCAUGUUAAUGAUCAAUAAUCGAUAAAUAAUUAAAAGCCUAUCAAAUUAAAAAGCAUGUUUUUCCUCAAUGAGAGCUAUAUUUAAAUAAUUGGCAUGGCUGAUUUGUAGCAUAAGUAAAUUACAUAUUUGAAUUAUGAAUAAAUGCAAUUAAAUUGAAAAUAAAACAAUAUAACUGAAAUAAUAGCUUGCUAAAAACACUUCAUUUUAUUAAGGACAUAGAUUAUAUGAGACUAAAACAUUCAGAGCACUUCCAUCUAUAAAACAAAAAAUCUAACCAUUUUUAUAUUGGUGAAAAGAGCUGUAGGCUAAAAAAUUAACAUUACCAAUCCUGUUGAGUUUUUAAGCAGCAGCAAAAUCCAGUCGUCAUGGUGAUAUAUGUCCUGCUUGUUAUUAUUGUUCCUUCUCACACUAUGAUCAUAUUUGUAGCCUGAACAUGUGUUUUCCAUAGCUAGAAUCUAGGGAACCAAGAAUAUAAAAAUUGUAUAUCCUGGUUGAGUAUUACAGGCACACAAACAUCCCACUGUAUGUGGGUGAUGGAGGGUGAGAAAAGAGAGGGAGAGAGGUGGCCUGCUCACCUGGCUUGAGUAGCUCUUUUGCUCCUGCGCUAUUAUUUGAGGAGGGGCGCUGAGGGCCGCGCUGCAGCAUCACACAGCUCUUCACACAUCAGUGGAAAAAUCUGAGUUGCUGUCACUUUGUCACCAAUAGUAAUAGACACCUUGCAUAUUCUCUUUGGAAAGUGCAUGCCCAAAGAAGAAGGUGGCAGACUUUUUAUCCACAGGCAAGUAAACAUGAAAGUUUGCCACCAAGCAAAACGUUAAUCCUAAAGAAUAUUUUAGAUGAUUUGGUGACAUCAGGUGCGUUUUCAUAGUGACGCAGUUCCUGUUUCAAAGGCAACAUGUACAUCCUACAACAUACUAGCCAAAUGCCUCACAGCAGACGAGGAGAAAUGUAUCUACACCUGCUUAGCCUAAAAAAAGACAUCCAGGUAUGAUUUACAGUGCACUUAGAGGGAUAACUAAAAUGUUACAUUAAAUGUUAAAACACAUAGACUGACACACAGUAUGUGACCAUGUUGUUAGGUACACUACAUAGGCCUUUUGUAGUGCAAACUUCUGGCAGUUGGCCACAAGUGUUACAUCUGAGAUCUGUUAGUGAAUGCUUCGGCCUAGCUUCUCGGAGCCCCUCCCCUGCCACUUGUUGUGUGUGAUCUAUAGGCAGCUAGAGGUCUGUGGUACUUUAUUGGGAUCUUUUUACUCUUUCUGUCUUUCCCCUUUGGUCUUUGAUCUUUCUCUCUAACAUUGUUUUUGCAUUGCAUGUGUUAACUUGGUAGCAUUCAGUACUAUUUUAUCUCAACACUCUGUCCUAAUCACUACUACAAUUUUCCUCCCAGACUCAUCCCUUCCACGUCCUCUGCCCCUUCCAGUCCCUCCAACCUACCCCCCUCCCCUUCCUGACCCUGUCCAAGAGCGAUAUGCAGCGGGCAGCCUCAGAGCCACAGAAACCGAACAUACAUACCAGAAAUCAAAGAAACCCAUGUAUACAGGCCACAGGAAGAUUUGUUUUAGUAAAACGUUUGUGUAUUUCUUUUCAUCCGAGUUGUAGUCAUUACUAAUUAUCUCUUACUGGGGUCCUUGGUCAAAUUAAGUGCCACAGAUGGGGGACAUUUUAGGUAUUAGUGUAUCAGCUGUUACUGAGUGUAUAGCCUUUUGCAUUAUAGCCAGACAUGAUGUGACACAUCUGUUUAUAACUGUUGACUUAUAUCACCUUAGGUGGGAAGAGGAACACAGGAAAGGGUCAAACACACUCCUUUUUAAUAUCCUGACCCACAUUCUUUUACAACACUGAAAGCUCUCUAUUUUGCACCCGUCUUAAUCCAGUGAGCAGCAGGGGUGAUGGGUUCAUAGUAAUUGCUGAGGCCCUCCAAGUGUUCUUUUUAAAGUCAGCAAUGGAGUAAGAGUGGAGAAAAACAAUUAAAAAAAAACACUUUAAUUCAAACUCAAUGGGUGUUACAGUGUCUGUUUAAAGAUGUUGGAGACCCCUUUUAACUUUGGCCUUCAGUGUUUUUAACUUAACUACACUUUGAUAAACUUCCAGUUGAUGAAUUGGGCCUUCAGAAUUAUGAGGUAAGUAUGUAUUUUUAAAUAAUAUUUAAACAUUUAUAUUAAUUGGACUCUGCUUCUGUCAUUUUCCCCCUUCACUUAGUUAAGGAAAUCUUUAAUCCCUUCACGUUCAAUCUGACACAUCCACACCACCAUUUACUGGGAAGUAGGAGCCUUAAGUGUUUGGCUCUUGACAACUGAGACAAUUUUUUCUAUUUAGUCAAACCUGCAAUAGCUGAGACUGACCAGGAAUGUAUAGAGCACCUUACACAUGGGAGCUGCAAGAGUUUAUGAGAAGCCACAGACAGCAGGCCCUGUCCUCCACCAACACUUGCCAAAAGACCUCAGGGACACGGCAGAGUAUGAGUUACUGCAGCAGCCCACUUUUUGCAAGACAGAUCCCUAAGGAGCCUGUCUGUUUUCUUUUCAGAAUGUGUAAAAUCUCGGAUAUGUUUUUGAGAGUGGUCAACCAAAUAAAAUUACAUAAAAUAUGCGGUUUGGGUUUAUUUAAGUUUAGUCACUUCUGUGGAUUGAUAUGCCUUUUUCAUGUUACGUCCUCCUAGGUAAUCUGAACAGGAGCAAUUUAUUUUACCCAGACAGAGACACACAAACAUAACCAUACUGUACACAUAUAAAUGGCUGCAUAGACUGAAGCAAUACGUUUCCUAAAUACUCUGAGGUCUCUAGGUGGGGUCCCCUGCAUAUCACUUCCCUUACCCAUAUCUUUUGCCAUGCACUGUGCCAAUGACGGCACAGUGCACAGUUUUAAAAACACCCCCUAUUGUAGAUCUCUUUUGUUUGGAUAACAUUUUUCUAUUUUUCUCUCUCCUGUAUUAACAGUCAGUUGUUGGAUUUAUUGACAUGCCUACCUUUUCUGUUUGUAUAAAGUAUUAUGUUUGUUUAAAAGCAGAGAGAGAUUUGCAUUUUUAAGACCUUAGAGAAGUUAGAAGAAUUGCAGUUGAAAGCGUUUGGCUGGUUUCUUACGUUGUGUCACGUGUGACUGUUUUUUUGACAGCCCAGUAUUUUAAAGCCAGGUUCGUAUGGAAAUGCCUUCACUCCACUUGCACUGCUGUUGGACUCGCCGUCGUUGCUUUCAUCCGUCUGUCUGUCUAUUCUUUUGGUGCACUCAUCUGUUGUUCAACACGCAGUCUGCGCCUCAUCUCAGCCCUUUAACCUUUGCUGAGCCCAUUUUGAGAUAAUCUCUUUAUUAGUGUCAGCAGUUGCAACUGGUGCCUCAUCCAACCUGCCCUUCUUUUUAAUAUUUCUUUAAUCUCACUAAGAUAAAAAUAAAAUAAAAAUCGUAAGCUUUGUAAGAGGAAACAUGUAGGGCUUAUGUUCUUUAAGCUUUCAGAUCAUUUCAUUAUACAGCCCCCUUGGUCAGACUUCGCUGACUUUCGUGAUGGAAAAAUAAACAAAUCAGCUAACAGGAAUUGUGUAGAGGCUGAGCAAGAGUAUUUCUCAGGCGCCUAGUUUAGGGUGCAUAUUAAUUUCCUCCUUGCUCCAAGCCUUAUAGAUGAGCCAGUCCUCCAAGUCAAUAUAAAUGUUCAUGUGUAGAGUGUUGCACCAUAAUACUGCAGUAAGGGACAGAAAUAUAUCCAAUGACGGUGGGAGGGGAGACAUUCACUGCAGCAAAUUCUGCAGUGUUUUCCUACACAAUGAAGCAGGGACAUCUUAUACACAGUGAUAGGAUGUUAAUGUAGCAUUUAAUGUCCCAGUUAUGAGUUGAUGCAGGCAGGCCGUCUUCUUGCAACCAUGAGAGGCCUAGCACAGAUUCCUUUUUUAUCUCAACGGAAACAGGAAGUGAAGUAGUUUAGCCACUCACUUGGGAGGCAAACAUCAGCCAGAUGUUUUAGAUAUAUUUAUCCUAGUCUUCAUGAUGGUAGAAUUUUUACAACUGACAUACUUUACUUUUCCAGAAAAAUAGGGCAAAGGAAGGCAACAGUUUGCUCUGAAAUACCAACAGUGGUUGACAAAAAGAUUAUGCCAAAUGUAUCCCAAAUGAGGCCUUGUGGGCGGAGAUGCAGUGUGUGCUGUGUGUUUGACUACCACUCCCCUUCACAUGCACUAAUCUAUUCAAGCCCAGCUCACCUCCACCACCUCAGAAACUCACCUACACCAUGGCUCAGCCUGCUCUGUUCUGCCCCGCCCCCUGUCCCGAACCUCCUCUUUUGUCAAAGAGAACUAAUUGAGCCCUGUUGAGCCAUCAACCUUCCUCUCUGUGCCUGAUCCACCCAAGACUAACACAGUUGGAGUUUUGUUAACCCGCCCUCCACCCCACUGCCCCACCCCUUUGUAUGUGUACCAUUCACAGUGCGCUACUAACACCGACGAUCCUUUUUGUUAAAACUCUUUAACAAAAAGCUGCAUGCUGUUUUGUUCCAACCCCUUCACUUUCUGAUUGUGAAAGUUGAUGUCAAUCUCUUUGUGAUUAUAAAUAUCCUUUUUGUUUGGUUUGUAUGUUGUUUUGGUAGAAUGCAGCACUCUGGUGAAUGUUAGACAAGCUUGGAAUAGUUAUAAUCACAACAGAAAAACACUCAGAAAUCUCAUUGUUCCUGUUUAUUUGUGCUUGAGGAUGUACUGUAGUGUGUAGUGGUGGGAGAGUCUUGCAUUUCACUUAAUGUUUUUGUUUUCUUGCUGACCCAUACUAGUGAUAUAACGGUCUCAGACAUGCACAUUUGGCCCCAGAGUGUGCUAUGAAUUCCUGUUGUGUAUGUUCUCGCACUCCUCUCUUGCAUCUUUGAUUCAUAAUCUGUUUGCCUGAUCUUGUCCACAUGUGCCAUGUUUGUAUAUAUUGCCAUAGUAACUAUUGGUAUUAAAAGAAAAGCAGAAAAUGAAUACUUUAAAGUGGAUUACCUCACUGCAGUUAUUUUAUCUUAUGCUAGCUAAAAACUACUUUGCAGUUUGGUAAAGCCUGCCAAGUAUGUUUUUAUAUAAUAUAUGAAUUGUAAUAUCUAUGGAUGAUCAAAUUAGAGGCAUCCAUUUGUAUCUAAUAAUGGUUUAAAAUUGUUCACAUGGUUGGGAUCAGAGCCAGACCAUUGAUGACCGACUAGAGAUGCUGAAGGUGUUCAAAAACAUGCACAAUAGCUAUUUCUAGUAUAUCUAAUGGGGCUAUAUGCACACAAUGUCUCCCUCUCUUCACCUGCACACCCACAUAUCCCUGUGCAUAUUCUAUCCACCCUGGGCCUUGUAAUGGUAAUCCAAGGCCCCCUAGCUCCACUUCUGUCUCUUCCUCUUGCUAUAUUUUUUGUGACAGCUGCAUAUGUUUCAUGGUGCUCCCCUUGUCAUGGUUACGAAAUCACAGCAAGCUUGGACUUUCUGGUCUUCGUUUUGUUAAUGCAAGAUUUCCAUACCUGUUCUGUGUCACUUUUUGUGUACUAAGAUCUUGCUCUGUGGUGGUUCAUAUAUGUAUGCGUGUGUGAUACAUAUAUUGCCCCCUCCUUCCUCCCACUCCUCUUAACUUCUCAGUUAGUGGAUGUGACUUGAUGUGUUAUCUUUAUCAUCCAAAAAAAAAUGCUCGUGCCCAAUUUCUUUGCCUUAGAAACUGCACUCCUACUGUAGAGGGUAUCCUGUAGUUUACAGGCUACACAUAGCCUGAUGUAUUCAUCAUAGUGGAAAACCUACCCUUCCUCUCAGUCUCCACUCUCUAUCCCCCAACCCCCCCUUACCACUCCUUGUGCUGGAAGACACUGAUAGUACACGCUGUAGGUGAUGUGGAUGACGAUAAUAAUGGUGGUGGUGGUUGUGCUGAUGAUGAUAGCGUGAUCUGAGUGUUUUAUUUUGUUUUUGUUUGUUUCUGACCAGUACCCAACGGGAAAAAGCUUCUCUUAUUAUUGGAAUAUUUUUGGUUUUUUUCUCCUCUGUUCUCUCUGCUAGGACAACAUCGGGCACCGGCUGCUUCAGAAACAUGGCUGGAAGUUGGGGCAAGGUCUUGGCAAAACCAUGCAGGGUAAGGUUUGUUGGAUUCCCUCUGUAUGUCAGUAUGUGUGUGUGGGUGUGUUUUCUUUCUCCCACUCUGAGGUUGACCUCAAUGUAACACCCCUUUUACAGUGUACCGUAGGCUAAUGGCCUCUGUCAGCUUCCUCCUCUUUGCUUCAUAAUCACUAAACCUUUUAUUUCAAUCUGCACAAAGAGUAAAGAGCUUCUAUUUGAACAAAGAACAAAAGUCCAUUUUAAAUCAAGGUAGAUUUAGAAAGCCAUGAUUCCAUCACACCCCUUAGAAUCAUCAUCUCCACGAUGUUAGAUUUUUUUUUUUCUUCUUUGAGUUUCCGUUGCUGCUGUCGGGUAUCUGAUUGGCUGUAAUUACGGCUCAGACUUUGAAUGGCUUGCAGAGUAGCGAGUUUCCCCCCUCUGCUUGUUUGCCUGUUUCUACCUCCAAACCUGUGAAACUUGUGUGUGUGUGGUCAUUAUGUGGGACUGAGAUGUGUAUGUGUCUGUUACUGACCGGGCCAUAGAGUCAACUUACAGGGAAUGUCUCACCACCCUUCUACACCUCGAAUGCCUCUACACCUCGAAUGUCUCUGUCCCCAUGGUUACACGCACCCGUCCUCCCCCUGUUUCUUCGCCCCUCCUGCACAGCAUGAUUGUCCCAGAGGUGCACUCCUGCUUGCCUCAAACUGUCAGACUCACCUGGGGCUUUAAGCAGUGUUGGAGGUAACACACUGAACUACUACUUUUGCGUAAAGAAGUGAAAUGUUACACUCCCGACGGGUGCACAGUUCAAAUUUAUUAAGUCUACUUUGGUAAAACUGCUGCAACAUAGCAAUGCAGACUCCACUCUAAGCACUGCUCAAAGCCUUGCCGGCUCUUUCCUCAGGUAUUUUUUAUGUGUGUCAUGUGUUCACUCGUUCUGGGGUUAAGCACAUCCAAAAACAAGCUUGCUCGCUGAUGGCUAGCGAGGAAAUGAAAAAAUCUCAGGGAGAUUUGCUAACUGGGCUGACAAGCGUCUGCGAGGCAAAAAGCUCAAAGGGGGAAAAUGGUGGUCGUCCCUAGAGGCAUCUAUCAUCUCAGACCAGAUAUUUGACCAUGUUUUUUUUUUUUAAGGCACACACAUUUCCCUGUAUCAGACCCUCCAAAAGUAGAUGUUACGUUUGCUUCACAACCUUUUUUUUUUUUUCCUUUACCUGUCGCCGUUAAUAUGCUAUCAGACUCAGCUGUUUUUGAAUUAUUCCCUCACCUAUUACAGCUCCUUCAAAACUACUUCUGAUGGGCUUUCUAAUUUAUUUUCAGUGAAGGUAAAAAAUUAAGGUUUUACUGAUGCAGGGAUACAGGACUUACUUUAUAAGGGGUGGUAGUUUGGUACCUUUGGGACAUAUUCUGGUUGAGAUUGCAAGAUGACACCAGGCUAGGGGCCUGGGGACUUGGACGAGUGGUUGGGAGAGUGGUGAGAGGAAAUCCCUGUAAGCACCUAGCCCUGAGUGAAGGGAUGAUUUUGGGGGGGUGGACACACACUGAAGCCCCUCUGGUAAUAAACCCCCCUAAACUCCACAACCACACUCCUAACCCCACAAUCCCUUCUCUGUGUGCCUCAAUCUUCCUGCUUAACCAAUUGGUGUUUCUUUUUUACAGCGAUUUGAUCCUGCCCAUGUUGUGCUGAUGGUAAACUUAGUGGACGCACCGACCCUGUGCCCAUCAUCCUCAAAUAUGAUGUCAUGGGGAUGGGACGGAUGGAGAUGGAGCUGGACUAUGCAGAGGACGCCACAGAGAAGAGAAGAGUGCUCGAAGUGGAGAAGGAGGACACAGAAGAACUGCGGCAAAAAUACAAGGACCAGGUGGAAAAGGAGAAAGCCAUUGCAAAGGCUCUGGAAGACCUGAGAGCCAAUUUCUAUUGUGAGCUAUGUGACAAACAGUACACCAAACACCAGGAAUUUGACAACCACAUUAACUCUUAUGACCACGCUCACAAGCAGAGGCUUAAAGAGCUGAAGCAGAGAGAGUUUGCUCGUAAUGUGUCAUCCCGUUCCCGGAAAGGUGGAAAGAAGCAAGAAAAGAUGCUGCGCCGAUUGCAUGAGCUGGCUGAGCAGAGGAAACAACAGGACCGUACUCCAGGAAGUGGGCCCAUGUUCAAAACUACCACAGUGGCUGUGGAUGGAGAGAAGUCAGAUGAUGGCGACAUGACACCUGAAAACACUGCCUUGACAGACUGUGUCAUGGAAGGAUCUCCGGCAGAUAAAACUGGGGAAGCCUCCCCGAAGCCAGGUCCAACCAUCAGCUUCUCUCUGGGGAAGAACAGCUCCUCAUCCCCAACCCCUAGUGGCGCAUCCAAAGUCAGUGUGUCCUUCUCUUUUGCCAAGAAAGCCCCAGUAAAGCUGGAAACAGCAGCGGCAGUGUUUGCUGAUCAUGGAGAGGAAGCUAUGGAGGAAGAAGAGACCCAGGAGGGAGAGAAGGCUGGAGGGCAAGAGGAGACAUCUGGCAGCAGCACAGACAGCUCUAAGGGAGGCGAAGGAGGAGGUGAAGGAGGAGAAAACGCUAGUGUGGCAACAACAGAAGAGGUGCAGCAGCCAGACGACGGAGCCUCUCUAGCCUCUACUCUCAACAAACUGAAGAUGAUGAUGAAAAAAGAGGAAGGGUAUGCUGGACAGGAGCCUCAGUACUACCACUAUAUACCUCCAGCGCACUGCAGGGUAAAGCCUCACUUUCAGUUUUUGCUGUUUAUGAAGGCCACUGAUCAGUGUCUGGGCAAAGAAGAAGAAGACGAGGAAGAGGGGCAGGAGGAGAAGGUUGAAGAUAAUUCUGAACAGACAGAGCCCGACGUUACAGAGUACAAGACUGAAAAAGGACAAGAUAAUGUCACUUUAUCCCCUGACCCAGAGCCAACUCCUCCAUCGCCUAAAAUGAAGACGGAGGAUGUGUCUUCAUUCUCAGCAGAUACAGCUGCCAUGGUUCCCACCUCCCCUACGCAAAAUGCAGAAAGCACAACAACACAGGACACUGUGGAUUCCAACUUGGGUCCUAAAAUCCCCACAGGUCCCUUCUUUCCAGUUCUGAGCAAAGAUGAGAGCACUACCCUGCAGUGGCCCUCUGAGCUCCUCGAAUUUACAAAAGCUCAGCCUUCCUUGUCUUAUAGCUGUAAUCCCCUCUACUUUGACUUCAAGCUGUCCCGCAACAAAGGUGUGCGUGGUGGGAAAGCAGCAAAGUCCCCUAAGUCUUGUCAAGAGUCUGAUGGCAAGGGGCAAGAGAUGGCUGCAUCAACCGCUGAAGUAGAUAUAACUGCUAAACCUGGGACCAGCACUGACAAAGACAAGCCAAUAAGUAAGGGAGAUCUUGGCCAACCAGAAGGUGAUGAGCAAAAGCCUGCAACUGGCAGUACCAAGAAAAAAAAGAAAAAGAAGAAGCAUAAGAAGUCUGCAAAGCACUCAAAACGCAGAGGAAAAGACAAGGGAGCAGAAGAAGAUGCAGCUGGCGAGACUGGGGUAACGCAAGACAAACCCAAAAAGAAGAAAAAACACAAACGGAAGAAGAGCAAAAACAAGGCUCCAGAUCAAGAUGAGGCAGCAGGUGAUGAAAAGGAAAAAGCAAAACUUAAGUCAGAAGAUAAAGCCGUUGCCUCCUCUGUUCAGCUGACAACUGGAGCGGCAGGAGCUACGGGAAAUACAGGAGUUGAACCGGGAAAGAGGAAACGUGCUACUAAGGAAGUACCUUGCAAGUCUGGAGCAGAGGAAGGAGGAGCCGGAAAAGGCACUGACAAGGUCAACUCUUCAGAGGAGCACAGUGGCACCAAGCGACAAAAGACUGACUCCAGUGCACCUCAAAGUGCCUCCUGCUCCACUUCAGCCCAAAAGAGUCCUGGUCCUGGUAGACCGCCCAGCAGCGAGAGUGAAGAAGAAGGGGGCUCUAAUACUCAGCGCUCACGUCAUCACAGGUCAAGUCCUCGCGAACAACGCCGCCACCAUAGUGCAGAAUCAAGGCGGUCCUGCAGCCGUUCUUCAAAACGGGGGGAAAGACGGGGCAGCAGUCGUCGGCGCCAUCGUGGCCAAACCUCUCGUAGUCACUCAUACUCCAGCAGUUCUGAGCGCUCCUCAGCAGGCAGCAGCGCCUAUAGUCACCGUAGCCGCAGCUACUCAGACAGCUACAGCGACUACAGCAAAGAGGGUCACAGACGGAGGCGCUCCAAACGUUCGUCAGACUCUGAGUAUGAGCGUAGGGGAAGCCGAGGACGAAGACAAUCCAGGAGACAUCAGUACACCUCUUCCUCCUCAGAAGACUCCCGCUCGCGUUCACGCAGCUACAGCCGCAGGAAGAGGCACCGGCGGCACCAUCGGAGCAGCUCAAGAAGCUCUAGUAGCUGGAGCCGCAGCACCAGUGCAAGAUCGUGGAGGCGCAGCUAUAGCCGUAGCCACAGCUCUGCCAGCCGCUCCUCCAGUUCCGCUAAAGUCUCUCCUCGGCGACGAGGCCCCAGGGCUCGAGCUGACAGUGACGCACAGCGCAGAGACUUCAACCGCUCUUGCAUCUACCGCUCCCAGUCUCCACGUUCAUCUUCAUCACGAGGCCUUAACCGCAACACCCAUUCAUCCAGCUCCCAGUCUCUGAGGCCAGGGGGGUCCCGAGAUGCAGGGGAACAGAAAAACACCCUUACUGCACGCCAGCUGCUGGAGAAGGUUCAGUCUAAAAAAAGCUCUGAUGAUUCUGCCACAGGAACAAAAUCUGGGAAUAAGAUUAAGGACCCACCACAGGGAUACUUUGGUCCCAAACUACCCCCGACCCUUGGAAACAAAACCAUGCUGCCGCUUUUUGGUAAGCUGCAAGCAGGGAAGAAACCGAUGAUUCCCCUAACCAGACCCAAUGAGGGUGAGAAAUCAGGCGCAGGGAAGUGCUCUGAGGCAGAGGUUAUCCUGGUAGAGCCUAUAAGGGAGUUCCCCCCGCCACCACCACCUCCAGCUCCACCUGUCCAGAAGGUCGAGGAGACCCCACAGAUCACGGUGGUGCAAGAGGAGACGCAGCAUCCCACUACAGAAUCCCAGGUGCACCAAGAACCCCGGCCAUUGUUUGAACAGGAGCCUUCCAUGAUGAUGCCCCAGUACCAAGGUGAAUCAGGACAGGACCCUUCUCAGAAUGCCAUGAUGGAGUCCCUCAUGCCAGACAUGCAGCAGCCUCCAAUGCAUGCCUACCCUGCUUACCCACCACCCAACCUGGAGGAAGAUGGCAUGGAGGCAGAGGAGGAUGGACUGGCUCCUUUAGAGAGUCAGCCCAUUACAUUCACACCAGAGGAGAUGGAGAAGUACAGCAAGCUGCAACAGGCUGCACAGCAGCACAUCCAGCAGCAGCUUUUGGCCAAGCAGGUCAAGACAUUUCCAUCUGCUGCUGCAGCUGCAGCCGCUGCUGCGGCAGCUGCCAACUUGGCCCCAGCUCCCCCUCCCCCAACCUUGCAACAGAUCCACAUCCAGCAGCCCACUGUGUCUAUGGCUUCCAUGGCCUCUGGCACAUCAAUCACCACAGUGCAACACGCCAUCCUGCAGCACCAUGCUGCCACUGCUGCAGCCAUGGGCAUUCACCCAGCACAUGCCCACCACCCACACCAUGCACAUGCCCAGUUGGCCCAGGUACACCACAUUCCCCAGCACCACUUUACCCCCAUCUCCCUGUCUCAUUUGGGCCACUCCCUUGGCCAUUCUCUGGGACACUCACUAGGACAUGCUGGGCUGAUUCCUGCCCACCAUACAGCCUUCCUCUCUGGUCAGCCUAUACAUAUUAUCCCAGCUUCUGCACUUCACCACACCCCCUUAGCUCUCCACCAUGUACCACAUGCCCUCUACCCCACACUUUUCACACCCCGGCCCUCACAGGCUGCUGCAGCGGCAGCUCUCCAACUCCACCCACUGCUACACCCAAUCUUCUCAGGGCAGGACCUCCAGCACCCACCUAACCAUGGCUCUUGAAGGAGUAUAGUAACAGCACCCAACCACUGAAAAAAGACUUAACCGGCUUGGUUCAGGGUUUUAAGAUGAAGUCUUUGCAGCAACAUGCAGGCAGUGAGACAGGAAGCUGUCAAUAAACUACUACUUCCUUUUACUGGCCAUUGCAGUGCAGAAGGUGUAGCCACAAAGUGGUGCUGCCUGUGUUGGGUAUAAAAUUAACAUUAAUAUUUUCUUCUGGCUCAUGCAAGUUAUUUUUUCAUGUUUAGUCCUGAAUUUUAUAAAACAGGGUGUAGAUUUUAAGACACUUUCUCAAAACAUUGGUUUAUAUUCCAGUUUGAGGUAUAUUAACACCACACAUUUGUUUUUGAAUCAUAAGUCAGAGAAACCACUGGAGUUUUUUUUUUUUUUUCACAUAAAAAUAUUUUCAGUUUUUGCUCAUGUUGGCAGCCAAAGAGGCGUAAUGACUGAAGCUAUAAGCUGAAUCAUGUUAGGAGGAGGAGUAUGUGGUAGGCAAAGGCUUCAACUCUAAUGUAACCUUCAGAGACAGACUACUUCAUAUUUACUGAUAUUGUUUAUGUUCUUAUGACUACUUGCUCUCUAUUGGAUCCUUGCUCUCAAAUAAUUUGUAUUGCAGUAACUUGUACAUAUAUCAGUGUGUAAUGUGAAGAAUUUCAUCAAUGAUGACCAUAUGAAAUUACAGCUAUGGUGUCCAGAUCGGUAUGACAUUGUCACAAAGCGAGGGGAAAUGUGAUGUAGGGGUUUUAACAUCCCUGAUGCUCUGAGGCAAAGCUCAUGUUCCCUGUGGUGAGGGUGCACCUGAAUAAAUUGCACUGAAAAUCUGUACAUCAAGAUGGUGCGUUUGCAUCAUGUAACAAUAAGAUUGUAGUAUACUGCAAUAAAUGUAUUUUUCUGUUUUUAAGUUAUUUUACAAAAAUGCUCUUCAAAAGAAGGGCUGUGUUUUGCUUUUGUGUAAUUUUGUAAAUAAACCUGCUGUAGAUUAACCUAUUAACAUUCUAGAGGUUUGGUAUUGGAAAAAGCAGAUUGAGAAGAUGGAUGGAAGAUGGUCACAUGUAUGUUUUAUUAAGUUUGUUUCUAAAUUAGCUGGGUUAAGAUGGGUUGGGAUGGUAAAUGACUGAUCUGUUUUACAGUAGCAACUCUGUAUUUUUUAAAAACUUACUGUUUUAGCAAAUAAAAUCUUGAGUUCA